GAUUAGAAAAUUAUCAGUUUAUCAAAAUUUUUGAUAAAGCGCGCCUCACGCAUGGUUUCCCUCCCCCCACUUACUUAUUCUUUGUGUAGGCAACGCAGGAAUGAAUCACUUCCCUGUUUUUGUUGCUGACAUGUGUAUAAUGAGAUAAAAUCAGCUUACCUAAUAGUUUUUGUAUCCCUUGUGUGUUAAAAACAAUGUGACAAUGCCACGCAAUAAUUCUGAAUAUGAACCAAUUGGUGAAUCCUCCCACCAAACCCUCGACUUGAACCUUGAAGACUUCCAGUGUGACCUUUACGGUUUCACCAGGAGCUCUACACGCACUUUUUUCUACCAUUUUUUAGGAAUCGUAUUUUUAGGCAUUCCCUACUUACUUUCCAGUUGGUUUUCGCGCUUGAAAUCGUGGAGAUAUAGAAAAUGUAGCUUAAAACACGCAAACAUUGUCUUGAUUAAAGAUGUGCAUGGGAAUAGCGAUUUUGUCGAAAUUAAGACUGAAAAUGCCAAAUUGCCUAAUUACGGGCACGUAUAUUUAAGAUUUUUCACGUAUCAACAUGCGAAAUACGUGUGGAUCCCCCAUAGCGAAAUUUUUGGAACUCUAGACCUUUUAAUACCUCCACAAACGGUUGAUAGUUAUGUUAAUAAUACGGACGGGUUAUUUUAUAACGAUUAUGUCGAUUUGUUAAAGUUAUACGGGUCAAAUAAAAUCGAAAUUGAAGUUAAGUCCUAUUGGAGAUUGUUCGUAGACGAGGUUUUUAACCCAUUCUAUGUCUUCCAAGCAUUUUCCAUGACUUUGUGGUGUUUUGAUCAUUAUUACAUCUACGCAUGUUGCGUUUUUAUCCUCACUUUAUUUUCGGUGAUCACUGCCUUACGACAAACACGAAAACAAAGCGAGGCUUUGCAUGACUUAGUCGAAUCGUCCAAGUGCCAUAACGUAAGAGUGUUACGACGAAAUCUUCUCUCAGAGAAUGUCCUUCAAGAGGCCGACCCUUCAGAACUAGUACCUGGAGAUUUAAUCGUUCUUCCGAAAGCUAAUUUCGUAUUACCCUGUGAUGUAGUUUUACUAACUGGACAAUGUAUUGUUAACGAAAGUGUGCUAACUGGUGAAAGCGUUCCAGUGACUAAAACAGCCCUGCAUUCAAGCAACGAAAUCUACAAUCCUAAUACGCACAAGCGACAUACACUUUUUUCAGGGACUUUUAUGAUCCAAAGUCGGUAUUAUGGGGGCGAGGAUGUUUUAGCACGAGUUGUAACGACUGGUUUUAAUACGACAAAGGGGGCCCUGGUCAAGAGCAUCCUUUUUCCAACCCCCGUUGGCUUACAAUUCUACAAAGACAGUCUUAAAUUUGUUUUAGCUCUCUUCAUCAUAGCGGGCGCUGGAACCGCCUACUGUCUCUAUUUGUACACCCAUCGUAAGGCCGAAAUUCGCGAAAUUGUCAUCAGAAGUCUCGAUGUGAUAACAAUUGUGGUACCACCUGCAUUACCGGCUGCUAUGACAGUCGGUAUAGUCUACAGUCAGAGUCGCUUAAAAAAACUGAAAAUCUUUUGUAUAAGUCCGCCUAAAAUUAACGUUUGCGGUAAAUUAAAGUUGGCGUGUUUUGAUAAAACGGGUACUUUGACUCAAGAUGGCCUUGAUAUGCAUUCAAUUGUUCCCUGUGUCAAUGGGACAUUCGGUCAGCCAAUCACAGAGUGCUUUGAUUGUCAUGACGACAGACUUGUACAAGCCAUGGCCACUUGUCAUUCACUCACACAAAUCGCUGGCGAAUUGACUGGUGAUCCUCUCGAUUUGAGUAUGUUUCAUUUUACGAAAUGGAUAUUGGAAGAGCCAGGUGAUGAUGAAACCGCUCGGUUUGAUAUGUUGGCACCGACUAUAGUAAAGCCGGUUGACAGUUGUGAUACCUCGGAGUUUCCAUAUCAGUUGGGUAUAAUUCGCCAAUUUCCGUUUUCCUCAACUUUACAAUGCAUGUCUGUGAUUUGUAAAGAGUUGAGUGCACGAAAUAUGAUUGCAUUUACUAAAGGUGCGCCCGAGAAAAUUUCCGCGAUGUGUCAACCACAAAGUCUUCCCGAAGAUUUUCAUACGCAAUUAUCCCAGUUGGCAACGCAAGGCUAUAGAGUUAUAGCCCUGGCAUGGAAACAAAUGCCGGUCAAGUUCAAAUGGAAAGAGGCACAAAGAGUUAAGAGAGAUAUCGUCGAGUGCGAUUUAACAUUUCUCGGGCUCCUUGUAAUGCAAAAUACGCUUAAACCGGAAACGACUCCGAUUAUUAGACUUUUGCAUGAUGCUAAAAUUCGCACAGUUAUGAUAACAGGAGAUAAUAUUUUAACGGCGAUUUCCGUAGCUCGUGAUUGCGAAAUGGUGAAAAGUCACGACCAAAUUUUCAUAGUUGAGACGAAAAGUAGUGAAUCGGGUGAUUCCCCUGAGUUAGUUUUACAAAAUAUUGAUUCGGCCAGCACGCAUAGUAUUUCAAUCGAUUUCGAUUUUUCGCACUGCCAUUUAGCUAUUGAUGGUAAAACUUGGACGAAAAUUCGCUCGUUUUAUCCUGAUCUUGUUCCAAGUCUUUUAAUUCGGACCACAAUUUUUGCGCGUUUUCAACCCGAUCAAAAAACACAAGUUAUUACACAUUUACAAAGUUUGGAUUAUGUCGUUUCGAUGGUGGGAGACGGCGCUAAUGACUGUGGGGCCUUAAAAGCUGCACACGUUGGUGUUUCAUUGUCUCAAGCUGAGGCAAGUGUGGCGGCACCUUUUACCUCUGCUAUUCAAGAUAUUUCAUGUAUUGUUCACUUGAUGUUGGAAGGGAGGUGUGCGUUAGUUACCAGUUUUGCCGUUUUCAAGUACAUGGCGCUGUAUAGCUUGAUCCAAUUCACCACGGUUUUAAUUUUGUAUAGGCAAAAUUCAGUCUUGGGAGACGUCCAAUUCCUUUUCAUCGACCUAAUAAUCACGACAAGUUUGGCUGUGACCAUUGGUAGGCAAGGUCCUUCGGGUAAAUUAGGUGUGAAAAGACCGCCAGGGUCUCUGGUUGCUGCCCCAAUCCUUAUUCCUAUUUUGUUGCAAGUUGUUCUUUGUGUAGUUGUCCAAGUUGGUUCAAUGUUGUAUUUGUUUCAACAAGAAUGGUUCAAACCUGUACCCAGUCAUACCGACCAUGAAGUAAUCGAGUGUUGGGAAAAUACCGUCCUUUUUUCAGUCUCGUCUUUCCAGUAUCUUAUUUUAGCGUUUGUCUAUUCAAAAGGAAAGCCUUUUCGUCAAAGACUGAUUAGGAACUUUUGGUUUUUACUUUGUGCAGUUUUUCUCACUCUCUUUCAAAUUUGGUUGUUGGUAUCGCCAACUCGAAAAGUCGCCGAAUUUUUCGAAAUCAUGUUUUUGCCGCACAAAGCCAAAGAACAAAUUAUUUUUAGAUACAAAUUGUUGUUAAUUCCACUUGGACAUUUACUAGCCGCUGUGUUUAUUGAGGUGGCCAUAGCCGACCGAACUUGGUUAAAAAAACUUUUGCAUUGCGUCACACGUAAAAAAGUCCCAAAAAACAAGUACAAACUGCUGUUACAAAAUAACGACAUUCACCUCAAUUUAUUAAAUUUUAAUAAUUGAUAGUAUUAUGUUUGUAUUUUGAUUGCAAAUAAAAAUCUAAUCAUAA